GUUUGACAGUGGAAGCAGCAUCAACUCAGCACUCAGCUUGCAAGGGGAGUGGAGCGUUGCUGUGUCUGGUUCCUGCAGUGAUCACCCUCGUGUGAUUUACCACUGAUUCUCCACAUUUGGACAGGCUGUGUAACCGGACUGAAGAUGACCAUGCUGCGGUCACAGUUUGGACUAAAGGUGCUCAUUGUCAUUUUGACGCUGACAAACUCAACCACGUGCCAAAGCAGAAAGAAGAAAGGACAGAGAGAGGACAACUAUGUCAUCAAGAGUGAAGCCAAAACCCUGAUCUGCCCAGUGGAGAUCAUGUUCAUCGUGGACAGUUCGGAGAAGGCCAAAGCUCAGCUGUUUGAGCGACAGAAGGUGUUCCUCCUACGAUUUAGCACCAAGCUGGCACAGCUCCACUCCGCUGGCUGGCGUCUGCGUCUUCGCCUGGCUGCUCUGCAGUACAGCAGCACCGUUUCAGUGGAGCACAACUUCAGAGACUGGCAGGACGUGGAUGUGUUCCAGAGCCGCGUGGCAGCCAUGAGCUUCAUCGGCCACGGUACCUACUCCGCCUAUGCCAUCACCAACGCCACCCAGGUGUUCAGCCGCGAGACAUCCCCCAGCAGCCUCAGGGUGGCGCUGUUGAUGACGGACGGAACGGACCACCCCCGCAGCCCCAGUGCUGUGAGAGCUGCCGCCGAGGCCAAACGACACAGCAUCACGUUGUUUGUCAUCAGGCUGUCCAGCCCGACCAAGGACGGACCUAUGAGUACGAAGCUGCGGUCCAUCGCCAGCGCUCCACCACAGCAGCACGUCCUCGGCCUCACUGACAGUCAGCUGGAUGAGCGACUCUUCAGUGAACUGAACACCAUAGUGAAAACUAGGUGUCCACACCCAAAGUCCUUCCUGUGCGAAAAGGGGGAGAGGGGUUACCCUGGAUAUCCAGGGACACCAGGGGAACAAGGGUCUGGUGGAGCGCUUGGUCCAAAGGGAUCUCAUGGGGAACCCGGUAUGAAUGGACGUCCAGGACUGGAGGGCCUUGAGGGUAAACCUGGCAGCAAAGGGGAAAAGGGAGAACAGGGUGAAUGUGGUGCCUCUGGAAAAAAAGGAGAAAAGGGAACUGACGGACUCCCUGGCCCUGGAGGCACCAGAGGAGAGAAGGGAGCCAUGGGAACACCUGGAGAGCAAGGUCCAGAGGGGCCAUCAGGCUCUAAAGGAGAGCGAGGACCAAGGGGUGCACCUGGACCUCCAGGGGAUGCAGGAGUUGGGUUCCCUGGUCCCAAGGGCGACAGAGGAACCCAGGGGAGACCAGGACCACCUGGACCCAUCGGUGUGGGUGAACCAGGGAUGACAGGUUCAUCGGGGCCACCAGGGAUACAAGGAUCUCCAGGGUUUCCUGGUGAGGGUCUGCCAGGACCCAAGGGUGACAGGGGCUAUGAGGGGCCUAAGGGCGGCCGCGGACUUCCAGGGUUGGGGUACAAAGGUGAUAAGGGGAACACAGGAGCUCCUGGGCUGCCAGGUUUGGUUGGGUUUCCAGGGCCAAGCAACCAAGGAGAAAAGGGGGACCAAGGGCCUGCUGGGCCCUCUGGACCUAGGGGACCUCCUGGAUUGGGUAUAGUUGGACCAAAGGGUGACCAGGGUUUCCCUGGAGACCCUGGACCGCCGGGAGAGUGGGGUCUUGGUGACACAGGAUCAAAGGGAGAGCCAGGACCGAAUGGGACCGCUGGGAUACCUGGUAUUCCUGGUGAGGAUGGACUUCCCGGGCCCAAGGGAGAGACAGGGUUGCAAGGUCUGCGAGGCCUCGAGGGAACACCUGGGAAUGGUAUUCCUGGAGAAAAGGGAGAUAGAGGUGAUCGUGGGCCAAGAGGACUUCCAGGGCCUCCUGGCCUGAUUGGCCCUGCUGGAGCUAAGGGGGAACCUGGGAGCCGAGGAAUGAUGGGCCAACCUGGACCUGCUGGGCAAGGCCUUCCUGGAUCAAAGGGGGAUCCUGGGACUGUGGGACCAUAUGGACCCAUGGGAGAACCUGGAAUUGGAAUUAUUGGGUCAAAGGGUAAUAAAGGAAAUUCUGGGCCUGUGGGACAACCAGGGAUAAAGGGAGAGGGCAUCCCAGGACCACCAGGUCUUCCUGGCUUACCAGGAGUGCAAGGAGAUACAGGCCCUGAAGGGAAAGGCUUACCUGGAUCUAAGGGUGACCGGGGGCUACGGGGGCUCCCAGGCCCACCAGGUCCUCCUGGAAUUGGACUUUAUGGACCUAAGGGUUCUAUAGGACAGCCAGGUCCCCCAGGCCUCCUUGGACUUCCAGGAGAGGGCAUCCAGGGACCAAAGGGUGAGUCUGGGUUUCGAGGGCCAAUGGGCCCUCGGGGGUUGCCAGGAGACGGCCUCCCAGGGGAGAAGGGUGACAGAGGCAUCCCUGGAGGCCAGGGAAAGAAAGGAGACAAGGGAGUUUAUGGAGAACCUGGUUCUACUGGACCAAAGGGCAGACCUGGAGGGAAGGGUGAACCAGGGCUGACAAGAGAGGAGGUCAUCAGAAUAAUAAGAGAAAUCUGUGGCUGUGGUCUGAAGUGCAGAGAGGCACCUCUGGAGCUGGUGUUUGUCAUAGAUAGCUCUGAGAGUGUGGGACCAGACAACUUUGAGCUGGUGAAGGACUUUGUCAAUGCUCUUAUUGACCAGCUGUCGGUAAGCGGAGAGACUACCCGAAUAGGUGUGGUCCUCUACAGCCAGGUAAACAUGGUGGUGGUGAGUCUGCAGCAAACGUUAAGCCAAGAUGAAAUCACGGCUGCCAUUCAGACGAUGCCCUACUUGGGUGAAGGCACCCUCACCGGCAGUGCCAUCCAUCAAGCUAGUGAGCUGUUCCAAGCCUCGCGGCCCGGUGUGAGGAAGGUGGCCUUGGUUUUAACAAAUGGGCAGGCUGACCCCCAAGACCUCAGACAUUUUCAAGAGACAGCCUUGGAUGCACAUGCUCAGGGGGUUGAGAUGAUUGUUGUGGGAGUCAUUAACAAGACCGACCUUCUGUAUGAUGACUUCCAGCAAGAGAUCAAUGUUAUUGCAUCUGAACCUGCUGAGGAGCAUAUCUACCUUGUAGAUGACUUCAGGACACUUCCCACUCUGGAAGGCACAAUACUGAGUCAGAUUUGUGGGCAGGGUGACACAACAAACUUUCUACCAAACUCGGUCUAUCGAGCUGUGGAAACCCACCCAGAUGUUCCAGGGGACAGCGGCUCCAAAGAGUUUCCAGAGGAGGAAGACACACACCAUGAACUCACAAUGGAUGCAAUAACAUCUCCGACUCUGCAGUCCCCUGAAUCCAGGUGGCCUGAAGAGGACCUGGUUGAUACCACACUGUUGCUGGAGCCCUGGAGCAGGCGUUCAAACAUCACAUUGCGUUCAAACGGUGCCGGAGAGAAGCAGGGCGUAGUGACGAUCUCCACGGUGGGUCCACAGAAUCCAUCUGACUGGCUGCAUGAGGCAAAGAGCGCACAGGCUCCGGUGAGCCCUCCACCCCCUCCACCCCCGACGGACUCACCGGUGCCAGCUGAAGGCUGCAGUCAGCCUCUGGACCCAGGUUCCUGUCGGGAGUACAUAGUCAGGUGGUACUACGACCCUGAGGCCAACACCUGUGCUCAGUUCUGGUACGGCAGCUGCGAGGGUAACGAAAACAACUUUGAGUCUGAAGCCAACUGCAGGGAUUCCUGCAUCUACACAUAGCAGACUGCAUUGGGGGGAAAAGGAACAUCAUAAAGGAACAGAGUGGACUUGAGGACGCAGGUGUUUGGACGGAGCUCGCAGGACUAGCAGCUGCUGCUCUGACAGAAGAAGAAGAUGGAGAGCUGAUGUGGAGCUCCUCGAUGUCUCUUUAGCUACUUUCACUGUGCAGCGGCUGAACUAAUGCACACAUUAUCUGUCUAUUCAUUUUGGAGCAGUGAGACUAGGGUCAUACUUUCUGCACUCUCGUGUCUGCUGAGGACCCUACGCGGACGUCUGAGCAGCCCACAGUUUGGUGGCGUUGCCUUGUUUUGGACAAAAAGACAAUGUAGGAGAUGGUAACCAUGAAUGCUGGCUGGAGAUUUAGUGAGGAGUUCCACUGGUGGUAAAGACACAGAGAUUUGGGGCAAACUCCCGGCUAGAAAUGGUUGCACGUGUGCAACGCUAAACUGAAGCUGACCCUCCUUUUAGCACGAGCAUGUGCCAAAUGCACGGCAGAGCUCUGCAGACACGGACUGCAGAAAGUAUGACCCAGGCUUUUCACCUGCAGAGGACGUAAAAAUGUUGACAGAACCAUGGAAAUGAUGGGUUUGGGACUUUCCAUAUUAAUAAACAAACAAUCCACCUUGUUAUUAUCUUUAA